AUAGGAACCGAAAGCUGCCCAUUCAUUUUAGUAUUGGUUUCUCUUACAGUAAUCUCCAGUUGUGUAAUAAUUCUCCAAUCAAAACUGCGGUUUUAUUAAUUGUCCCAACUUUAUCCAUUUGCCUUGUUUUUAGCAAAACAAAAAUGGGAAAUCAUAAGCAAAACCAUCUCUACUUUACUUUCUGAUCUCCCAAAUUUCCUUUAAUUAUCCUUCCAAUUUUCCAUCUUCCAACUUUCCCGAGCGAUUUUUAUUUAUUUUUCCAUAGAAAAAAAUGAUGCGAAGUCAACAGCAAAAUCAUCGGCAACGGGAUCAGCUGUCAUGUGCUAUUUACGAGCUGUCGGCGCUAGUCCUGAACCUCCUCCGAUGGACGCCGACGACGAGCAGUUUGGCCGACCAAUCACCGAUGCGGACGAAGAUAACGACGGUGGGAUGUGGUUGGCUGAUGAUGGGGAUAUCGGUUUCUUUAAUGCUCUGUGGAUCAGUCACUUUCUUUUUAGGGUUCAUGUUGAUGCCUUGGGUUGUUGGUUUACUCAUGGUUUUUUACAUCGCCGGGAUUGUUUCAACGAUCUCGAUGUUCGGUCGCCGGAUUCUUUGUUACGUCAUGGCACCUUCCUCCACCCGGAAAAGAUAUUACUGAAUGGAAGCUUUUGUGAGGAGCAAAGGUGAUUUCAAAAUGCUGCAUAAAAGGGAAAGCGAGCAAGGAAGGUUCCCUGUUGGAGCAUUAAAGCAGGAGGUGUGGAUAUUGCUUAUUGAUUUUACUAGAAUUAGUGACUUAUACAACGAUUAAACAAAUCAUUAUGUAUUGGAUUAUUGAUUUUUUAUUUAUAUUUAAACUGUCCUAUUCCAAUAUUUAUGUUGAUCUAUUUGUAAUGGGGACAAAGUCAAUUGUGAUUAAUAAUUCAAUUAAUACAUAGACAAACUAAUUUCACGUCCAA